AUGGUCUCAAUAAUAUUUAUAAUAAUUAGUAUAAAUAUUAUAAAUUUUAUAAUAUUCAAUCGAUUAGUUAUGAAUUGUGAAGAACAUUAAACUAGCUAGGUAAUUUAUAUUAAUAUUAUAAAUUAUCAAUAAUUGUAAAUGCACCAAAACAUUGUAGAUUGACGGGAUUUGGUAUGAUACUUAUGGGAUCGAUGAGAUUGAUAUUCAAAUAUUUAUUCUUAGAACGUAUGGAUUUGACCCCAUAAGUGGGACCACCACACAAUAGCAUGUUGCCGUCAGAAGCAGAACCCCGUAUUUCUUCCAGAGAAUCUCCUAAUUGUUCCAGAGCAACUAGAAAGAGAUUCUCACAAUCAAAAUCAAAGAUAA